CCAAGGCCUUGCAUUCUUCACAUACACAUUAGCCAUGAAAAUUGUUCCCCUGGGCGCUGGACAGGACGUCGGGCGGUCAUGCGUGCUGGUGACGCUGGGCAGCAAGACCAUCAUGUUCGACUGCGGCAUGCACAUGGGGUACAACGACGAGCGGCGAUUCCCCGACUUCAACUACAUCACGACCGAGGGCGACUUCACAUCGCGCAUCGACGCAGUGGUGAUCACGCACUUCCACCUGGACCACUGCGGGGCACUGCCGCAUUUCACCGAGCAGCGUGGCUACCACGGGCCCAUCUACAUGACGCCGCCGACCAAGGCCAUCUGCCCGAUACUCCUGGAGGACUACCGCAAGAUCACGGUGGAGCGCAAGGGCGAGACCGGCUUUUUCACAUCGCAGCACAUCAAGGACUGCAUGAAAAAAGUGGUGCCAUUGCAUUUGCAUGAGACCGUGUGGGUGGAUGACGAGCUGGAGCUGCGCGCGUAUUAUGCCGGCCACGUGCUGGGCGCGGCGAUGGUGUAUGCGAGGUGCGGCAACGAGAGCGUGGUUUACACCGGCGACUACAACAUGACGCCGGAUAGGCAUCUGGGCGCUGCAUGGAUAGACCGCGUGCGCCCGGACGUCCUGAUCACCGAGACCACGUACGGCACGACCAUCCGCGACUCGAAGCGCGCACGUGAGCGGGACUUUCUGGAGAAAGUCCACAGGUGCGUGCAGCGCGGCGGCAAAGUGCUGAUCCCGUGCUUUGCGCUGGGCCGGGCGCAGGAGCUGUGCAUUCUGAUCGAGACGUACUGGGAGCGCAUGGGUCUGACGGCCCCCGUGUAUUUCUCUGCGGGGCUGACGGAGAAGGCGAACCGGUUCUACAAGCUGUUCAUUAACUGGACCAACCAGAAGGUCAAGGAGUCGUUUGUGGACCGCAACCCGUUCGACUUCAAGUACAUCAAGCCGUGGAACCGCGACUACGCCGACCUGCCCGGCCCCAUGGUGUGCUUCGCCACGCCCGGCAUGCUGCACAUUGGCACAUCUCUGGAGGUCUUCCGCAAGUGGGCGCCCGACGAGCGCAAUAUGCUGAUUAUGCCCGGGUACUGCGUGGCCGGCACUGUGGGCGCCAAGGUGCUGAGCGGCAUGAAGGUCGUGGAUAUUGACCAGUACUCGCAGGUGCACGUCAACAUUGACGUGCAGAACCUGUCGUUCUCGGCCCACGCCGACGCCAAGGGCAUCAUGGAGCUGAUCCGCCAGGCGGCGCCGCGCAAUGUGGUGCUGGUGCAUGGCGAGAAGAGCCGCAUGACAUAUUUAAAGUCCAAGAUCAUGGGCGAGUUCGCCUGCCCCUGCUACGACCCGGCCAACGGCGAGCUGCUGGAGAUUGCCACUGGCCGGGACGUGCGUGCGCUGAUGUCCGACCAGCUGUUCCAGGCUGCCUGGGCCACCGAACAGCGCCGGAAACCUCCCCGCCCCAUCACCACCGUGCCUGUCCAGGGCAUUCUGGUGCUGGGCAGCCAGGGCCGCCCACGUUUGCUGGAUCCAUCCGAGUUCGCUCUGGACGAGCUGGCCCAGAAGGUGUCGCUGGAGGACUCCAAUGCGCCCCACCAGGCCGUGCACCAGAUUGCGUUCACCACUCGCCGCGUCUUCGAUGCGGAAAGGCUGGCGCUGCGCCUGGGGCUGGCCCAGGACGCCGAUCCCGCGCGCGCUGCAUUGGUGGCUAUCAACGAGCUGCUGGCGGUUGACCCUGCCACUAAGCCCACGCUUGACGACGCCGUCAAUGUUGGCAAAACCGUGCGUGUUCUGGCAUCGGCCGGCUCCAGUGACUGCUGAAUUGCCAGCCCUCACAAUUUCCUGGGCGUGGAGCGAGGAGGAGCUGGCGACGCAGGUCCUGGCGGUAAUGAACCGAGUACUUGGAUGAGAAUAAAUGAAAUGUAUUUUCGGUU